AUGCCUCAUGAUGAGGAGGGCGGAAAAUGGGCCUGCGAAUCCUGCGUUCGCGGACAUCGGUCCACCAAAUGUGAGCAUUGGGACCGUAUCAUGGUCAAGAUUCACAAGGCUGGCAGGCCCUUGACUAAAUGUCCCCACGAUGAGACCGUCUGUGACGGAAAUUGCACCAAGACAACCCGUGCAUUUGUGGUCAAAAUCAUGAAGGGAAGCGACUGUCUGUGUCGGCCAGUCCGUUCGGCACCUGAAACUGGCACUCCCACCCCCGCACCAUCAGACCAGAUGGCAUUCCCUGCGUCCGGUAACAUGCCAAAGCCUGAUCGGCGGAAGAGCGUUACCCAAAAAAUGUCCGAGAAUCAUACGGAAGCAGUGAGAAGCACACCGGAGCAUUUCAAGGUGGAAAACGGGACUUCCAACAACCUGAACGGUGUGGCGCAGUACGAUCAGCCCCAAGAUCGUUAUUCUCAAUACCGGAACCACCCAUUCUCGACCAACCCUUCGCUGGCAGGAACGCCUUCAUCCGGAUCCAGUCAGCCCACAAUCGAUUCACAGCCAGGAAGAAGCUGCUGUUCAUCCAGGCCUUCGCACCAACCCGCGGCAUCGAACGAUGCCCAUGCACGCCAGUCUCAUACUGCCACGUGGAAUGAUUCCGGUAUGCACGACAUGCAAUACAUGCUGCCAACCCGGGCAGAAGCAGACUGGUACCCUCAAGACGCUGCUCCACCACGACCCUUCUAUGGAAGGUACCUUUCUUCACCACCUCAACCCCAGCAGCUUUCUGCAAUCCUUCACGCUCCUCACUUCCACAUACAAAACAUGCAUAUGCCUCAAUACUUCAGUGGAUAUGUUUCCAUGGGCCCCCCUGCCUCUUAUCCUUCUCAACCUACCCUGGCAAGCACACCGGAUGAAGGAAUGCGCCUCGAUUGUAACUGCGGCCCUGGCUGCCAGUGUGUUGGCUGUUCGUCCCAUCCAUUCAAUUCUUCGACCAGGCAAGUCGUUCAGGAAAUGGGGAUUCUCCUAGCUCGCGACGGCGUUGGACAGUCGCCUGUGCCACAUGUCGCACCGCCGCAGCACCACGCUUUCCAGAGCACCGAUACCCCGUCGCCCAUGGGUGCUAUGCAGGGGAAUCAAAACCUCUUUGAUUUACCAUCGCCACCUUCCAUGCAAGCUGCUGGACAGCGAGGAAGUCAGCGACGAAUCAACGAAGGGGGAUUGAUUCAGCCUGACUAUGCCACCCUGGAGUACGCGGUAAAUGUACCAGCUUGCUCUAACACCACUGGCAUCUGCCGGUGUGGAGAUGGCUGCGAAUGUUUUGGUUGCCUCACUCACGGAGGCCACAAUGGCAUCGACCCCAGCAUGCCAGACCCCCAACUCCAAGACGCUCAAGCGCAGGAGCUUUUCAACGAGCUUUCGAUUAGUACCAUCGGCAGCAGUCAACCGUGGAACUUUGAAAUUGAUUUUCAAUCAAAUUUCGAGAUGGGCGAGCCGGGCUCCCAAGUUCCAACGGAUAUGUGA